AUGUCCAAGAAGCUUAAGAGAACCAGUCUUUUUUCUAAGGAUGUCAGCUCGCUGUUGUAUGCUUAUGGUGAUGUCGCACAACCACUGCCGGAAACUGUACAAUGCUUGGAUGAACUGGUGUCUGGCUACCUGGUUGACGUAUGCUCGAAUGCAUUUAGAGUAGCUCAGGGCUCCAGAAGGAGCAAGCUAAAACUGGAAGACUUCAAGUUUGCUAUACGGCAUGAUCCAGUCAAAUUGGGUAGAGCUGAAGAACUUAUCGCAACGAAUAAGCUUAUCACAGAGGCCAAAAGGCAAUUCAAUGGUACGGAUAAUCAGGCUUUGAAGAGAUUCAGGGCUGGCGAAGAAGAAGAUGAUGAGCAAGACGCAGAUGCCGAGGCUGACGAAGAUGCUGAGACAGCAGAGGCCACGGCCGCACCAAGCGGUAGGCGAACCAAGUCUAAGGCACACAAGGGAAAACAAUCCAAGAGAUCUAAACAACAGUGA